GGUGGGGGGGGGCAACAGAUCAUCAGUCUUGUUCUUGCGGGCUUAAUUUAAUCUAUUAUUGAUUUGAUCGGUUAUAUUAUGCAGCCAUGGUAAAUCGCUGCUGAAUUAUGAGGUGCAGCAUGUGAUUACCAAGGAAAAUGGUGGAAAACUAGCUAACUUUUCAAUGUUUUCCUGCUUGGGGGUAUAACUAGGGAGAUCAAGUAUCUAGUAUAACAAAAUCUAGUCAGUUUGCCUGGAUUGCAGCUGUGAGGUGACCAAACAUCACCUUCUGGAGUAUUUUCAUUCUGGUAUGUUACAGAUGGUGUCCAUUUUUUUUUAUAAAUAGUUUCUUUCCUUCAACCAUGACAUAAACACACUACACAUACAUGGGCUACACACACAUACCGGUAGGCUAAUGCGUGUGCGGUGACACGCGACACAACUUUACUAGAAAAACCAGCAAAUGAGAUAUUUUCCUUUCAUCUGGAUGUUUAUAUCUGCUUAAACCACAAACAAGAUAGCUGAAAAUAUCCAUUAUGCAGAGCUGCAGCUGCAACAAGUUUUAGUCUGUGCUCCAUUCUGGUCUUUCACUUGGAACUAAGCCGUUUAUAAUGCUGAUCUUGUCCACAUUCCAGUUCCCGACACAUUUUUUAACGUAUCCCUGUAUAUUCUGCACACUUUUGGGGAUUUUAACAUGUUGUUUAACACGUUCUGUCUCCCAAAUCUGUGACGUACUGUUUGUUUACACCAUUUGUUUACACUCUUAAGGCCAUCUGUAUGUCCACGCACAUCCUAGAAUGCAACGCAAAAUCACAUGUGAUCCCAAGCCCUAUUAUUACAUUAACGUGGUGGAACCUGUAAAUGUUGUUGCAGACAAAUCUGUAAAAGAGGAAGAAAGAAAAAUAAACAGCACUUUAGAAAGGUGAAAAAAUUAGUGAAAGCGGGACACGCAGAGAGUUUACCCUGGCUGCACACUGAAAGCAUCAGCGGAGCGCAACGGCAGCGGAACGGUUUACUCACGACAAUCACAGCACUCCAGUGCACACCUGGAGAGUCUCAGCAGUGAAGCAGCUUCUCUGCCACUCACAAGAUCACAAAUGCCUCAAGACUUCAGGGAUCGUCCAAGGUUACGUUUUUUUCAUGCCUUCCGCCCUUAAACCAAAAAGAAAGAAAUCACGUUGUUAUCGCACUUUGAUGUCACAUAUGAUGUUGUUCCUCUUCACUGCCAUGACUAAAGCCGUGAAAAACACAUUGCUGCACUUCUGGAAUGAUGUUGUGAGUAAAUAAGCCGUUAGGCAGGGUUUGAAUCACGGGGAGCUAAGGGGAGCAUGGUUCAUCAGAAAGGGUGAUGGGCUCCCCUGGAAGCCCUGAACUUACACACCCAGGGGGAGCCCAAAUAAAGAUCCUGGUUCCACUUAUAUUACAUUAUUUAUGUGGACUCUCCAGGAAACAAGUUAAAUGUCUGGAGAUUUAUCCCACUACAUGUUUUAACUUUCUAAAGCAAUUAUUUAUUAGCUUGUAAUAUUUAUACAUUUGAUACAAUUCAGAUCACCUUCAAAGCUCAGUCCCACACCCAGGGCCGUAUCAAGGCAUUUCAGGGACCAAGUUGCACCCUCCACCCCCAUCUCACUGGGCUCCCCCGGAAGCCUCUAUGUAAUUCGUACCCUGCCAUUUGGUCAGACAUGAUCUUCAUAUGAAAUUUGCAUAACUGCAAUACCUUUAUUUUGAAAAUUACUGGGGAUUUUAGACUGAAAUCGUGUGUGAUUUCCUGUUGUGCCCCAUGUUAACUGCGGUAAUUGACGCAUCCCAGAAGCGGCUCACGGAAAAAAAGAACCCGAUUCUAUCUUUAGCGGCGCGGUGUGCCGCUUCUGGGAUGCGUCUGAAAAUUGCUGUCGCGGCUGGUUUGUGGCACUCCAAAGAUGGAUUCUAUUUGAAGCAGUGACGUUCUGAUGCCGUUCUGCGCCGCUGAUGCUUCCAGUGUGCAUUUGGGGUUAGCAUGUCUAAAUAGGGCAUGCCGUUUUAACAUUUAAUCAGUAAUCAGACCUCUCCGUAUUUUAUAUUUUUGUAGCAAGUUGCAAAUCGAGCAAAAAAUAAUUGUAUCAAGUGUUCUACAACAAGAACAAGAAAAUGAUCCGAUCCGAGAACGAAAACCGUGAUCUGAUCCAAACCGUGACUUCUUUGUUCCGUUGCAAACCUCACUCACUGAAUGCCUUACAGAGAUUAGGUCCUGGUUCACUUCCAACUUCCUUAAAAGUGUGAUUGACUGAAAACAUUUUUUUAGUGAUUAUAAUCGGUUACUCUGAGUUUUUAAUGCAGGCUGAACACAAAGAUAGUCUCCUACACCUAUCUUCUGCAUUAGCUUCUGAUAGAAAACAGAUGGUGAAACUCUAGGGUAUGAAAAGCCUGACAGAUCUACAUCACAUUGUGAAUUGGACUUGUCCAUAUUGACUCACGAUGGGCAAGGCUGUUGUUGCUUUAGCGUACAGAAUCAGCAGAGAAUGUCUCUUUCAACAGAAGCUAACUGCUAGCAUUAGCAAAUCAAUCACAUGGCUGAAGGUCCUCCAGGCUUGUUAUUUGUGGAGGUAAAACAUCCAUGUCCCCGAGCAAACAGAGUUAGUGUUAGUCGCAUUGCUGUUAUCCAAUCUGAGACAAGAUGUCUAAAUGUCUGGAAAUAAGACUCUAUGGCCCAAUCCCAAUACUCUCACUUGUGCCCUUCAAUUGCGCGUUCCGGCCAGGGGUGCGAGUGCGUAGGGCGUCCCGAUUCUCAAGUGCGGAAGUUGACCACGCCCCUAUUGCACCGUUAAUCUGCACUUCACCCAAGUCCGCAGCGAUGCGAACCUCGGGCAAGGGUAUUACCCACAAGUCAUUGCUGCAGGAGAAAAGGCUCAAGUUCCUUUUCUGAAAAUAUAUAUUUUCUAAUGAAAUUAGUUAAUUUUAGGACGAUUAGUUGAUGCUCUAAAACUUUCAGACAAAGUAGCAAAGAAGUCAAAUUUAUUUCAAACAGCUGUUUAACUGUUUGUUUAAAAGCUGUUAAUAAAGGUUUUUGAAAAAAGUAUCACAGCAGCCAGCAUCCCGGCAUGCGUUUCGAUCGAUGACGCAAUGCUCCUUGUCUCAAUUCUGCAGUUAUUUGCACACUUGUGUACUACGCACUCGAAGCCUUACAGCGCACUUUCUCCAAGUGCACUUAGCCGAAGACCGCAGGGCGCAGUGCGAGUGUUGAGAUUGGGCCCAAAUCCUCCCGUUUGAAGUACAGCUGUGAUGUUGCAGACUGGUCCUGUGGGCUUUUUUGUGCCCUGAGUUCUGCCUGCAAGGCAUUCAUUCCUACUCGAGACCAUUGCAAAUGUAAUGAUUAAACGAGUAAUCCACACUUAUAAGCUGAACUCUGACAAAAGGAAGUCCUUCCCAUUAACUGCCUUGAUCCGAUUAAGAGCCUUGGUGUAAUUCUGGACUCUGUCCUAACACCCUCAUAUCAGUUCUGUCACUUACUACCACCUGCGCCCAUCUCUCUCUUCUCACUCCACCGGAGAGUUACUAUUGUAAUUCACUCCUUGUUGGUCUGCCACAGAAGCCUCCGCAUAAACGGCAACGGGUCUAAAACUGCUGCUCGCAUCAUCAUGAAACACCCUCCUCUGAUCACAUGACCCCCCCGUUAUUCAGCAGCUUAUUGGAUACUACUGAAAUUCAGGGUUGAUUACAAAAUCUUGCUUCUCACGUAUGAGACCAUUCACAACCUUUCCACCUCACCUCUCGCAGCUCUUACAAACGUCUACACCCUCCCACGCGCUCACAUCGUCAGCUUCCAUUAACCUCCACAAUCCCAACUUCCCCAUGCGCCAUCCCUGUGGAAUUCCUUACCAGCUGACCUCAGGAAUACCACCACCCUGCACCAUUUCACAGCUAAACUUAAACCCAGCUGUUCAAGAUUGUCUACUCGUUGUAACUAACUGUAAUUUAAGUAUUUUAUUUUGGUUUUAGAUUUGCUGGUCAAUCACUGUAAUUCUUUUUUAAUCUGUUGUGAUUGUUUUUAAUAUUUCCCCCUCACUGUUUGGUGACUGGGCUGCCCAGUGGCACAGUGGUUAGAGCUGUUGCCUUGCAAGAAGGUCCUGAGUUCACAUCCCAACCUGGGGUCUUUCUGCAUGGAGUUUGCAUGUUCUCCAUGUGCAUGCAUGGGUUCUCCCAGUCCGAAAACAUGAUUGUCAGGUUGAUUGGUCUGUCUAACUUAUCCUUAGGUGUGUGUCUGUGCAUGGUUGUUUGUCUUGUGUGUCUCUGUGUUGCCCUGUGAUAGACUGGCAACCUGUCCAGGGUGUACCCCGCCUGCAUGCCCGGACACUGCUGGCUCCAGCCUCCCUAACCCUAACCCUGCAUGGUGAUUCUAAAUCAGCACCUCAAAUCAAAUGUACUAUUAUUACAACCUCAACCCUGAAUAAAACAUGCAUUAUGAGUCUAAAGGCCCUUAAGAUUCAGAAAUCUGGAAGUUUCUUUUUCAUCUCUGUGGUCUGUUGUUGAGAGACUACGGUUGUUGUUUUUAUACAUAAUAAAGUGUCAGUAAAAAGCUCAUGUGGCUGUAAGUAAGUAGCUCCAUGUUCCCGUCAAACAUGGCAGGACUGUCUUUGGCCUCUCCCACUAGUCAGCGCGACGGGUCAAAGCUGCCCAGCUUCUGCAUGCUGUCCAGUGCUGCUGCUGCUGUUCUUGUUCUAGCGUGGUGAUUUCCUCCCAGCGACACAGCACGCCUCAGAUGUUCUUCGUAGGCAUCACUUGUGUGAUGUUUUAGUUUGUAGGUCCUUUCAGCUCCCUCUUCAGUCCGUCAAAGAUGUGUGUUGAUGUAGUCGUGUGACAGUGAGUCCAAAUUGUUUCAGCCUCAUGUAAUUCUCCUCAAAGUUCACCCGCUGCACCGCACUGAGUGUUGAUUGGUAUGGAGUCUGGACACAUAUAUAUAUAUUUAUAUAUAACAGGAUGUGAUAAAUAAAUAUAACAGAAAUAUAUAUUUUAACAAAGCAGAUCUAUUGGACGUGUUCCUUUAAUAAGUGUUUUGUCUGUACUGUCUCUAAGUGUUUCACUUUAACGUAAUAUUAAAGAAGACUCCGUUCUUUUAGGACUUUGAAUGUUUUUAGUGUCACAACAUUUCCUGUGGAGCAAAGAGAGAAAUGCUCAGAUAAACUCUGAUGUAGAAAUCUGGAUGAGAUCCUCAGUCGGAGUGGGUCCAGAGGUCAUGACCAGUUAUCGCUGAGGUUUUACUAAAAGGAUAGAUUCAUCAGUCUGAGUUCAUCUGAUCAAAUAUAUUUGAGAUCCAUAGUUAAAACACAGUAUUUCAGUUUACUUACUUGGUCAUCUGCCUUCUGACUGGAUUUAUGCAAUAAAAGGUAAAGUAUUGCAGCUCCUGUAGAAACCAGAGCCGGCCUUUCCUCUGAAGAAAGUCACUUUUCUGAUUCCUAACAUCACUCUCUGCCAUAAUGAUGGGUUCAGGGACCAAAACGACAAAAGGGUGAGAAAUGUUAUUGCCUAAGAAAAGCUAAAGAGCACUGCCUGAGCCAACACAAAAACAAACCGAGUGCUGAGACAAGUCUGGAACAACAGAAGGACACAACUAACCUCACAACAGGACAAAUAAGGGACAGUAGCAAACCACCUGAUGUGCAGCAGGAACUAGACCAAAGAAACGAAUAUAAUGAGUCAACUUACAUGUUAUUUAAUGAGCCAUAAGACAUAAGAUUCCAUAGGAAAUAUGGAAUCAACCUUAUGGAUCUGUGGGUACUUUUUAACCAGAAGAUUGGGACUUUUUAUUGCAGGGAUUAUGUAACACUUCGUAUUAACUCAGAGACAACAGAAGAGAGAGUCAGGUUUUAAAUGUUUAAAGAUUUAUUAAAACUAGACUAACUUUAACACUAAACGUAUGGUGUAACUAAGGUGAAUGAGACGGAGAAUGGUGUAAUGUGGAAUGUUGUUCAGAACCAGCAAAUCCGAAGAAACAGUUAGUUCUGAUGGGAAUGAGGGUGAUGUCUUCACGCUAAGCUUUUAUUAGGAGAUUCAUAAACACAUUCGCCAUUCUGUCGGUCUACGUACCCGAAGAGGAAGUCCCCGUCUAGAUCAGGAGGCGUGAAGGUCCAGCUUGGACCCUCCUGGAGCCGAAGCCUGUAGAACAGCAGCGGCUGCCGACCAGUCCAGUCUUUGAGAUACUUCCGGGUCACGACAGUUUAUCGGCAUCUAACAAGACCCAAAGCGGGGUUGUGAUGGUUCAGCUUUUAUUCUGAAAGGAACCGUUGCCGCAGGUGGAACGGCAAUAGGUUUUCCAGCUUGUCGUUGGUUCUUUUGGCUGAAGAGGAAAGUUACGAAUUGGCCACUCCGACAACUUCUCUAGAACGCUUUGACCUGGCGUUAAAGAUGACGUGGGCAUAGUUUUAUACUUCGGAUGUUUUGAUUUAUGGUCGAAUGAAAAGGUGACAGAUUUACCAAGCACCACCAAAACCACGCCUCCGUCAGAUCUGGCAGAUUCUGAUUGGAUCAGUAAAGCAAUGUGUCGUCUCUUAACGUGAGAUCAGUCCUAGUGGAAACAUACAAAAGUCAUAUUACUUAUUAUAUUCUAUAGGAUUAUAAUAAAGUAAUUAGUACUUUGAUUUCACAGAUUGGUCACAUCUUAUUUAUUGACUAACACUUUGUUUGAUUAGCUUUAUUAAAACAGAGUUCUUUGAUUUAUUUAAAGGAGAGAGUCCUUUCUUCAUUCUUCUCUUGGGCUGGAAAAGAAGCAGUUUAGAGCAAAUGCAUGAGACCUUGAGGCCAUAUCUCAUGCAGACUAGCUCUGUGUCAGAGGAGAGGGGAAAAAUGACUUUAAGGUGGAAAACAGUCAUUUCAUUCCGUUACACAAACAAAUAUAAAAGGGAACAGAAACAAUAUUUACAAACACCUGUCGUUAUGCUGCAUCAGUGUCUGAAACCUUCCUCGGACUGGUCUCAGUCAGCAUCCCGAUGGGUGGUCUUCAAGAUGGAGGCCAACAGAAAGCUUUGGUUGGAGAGCUGCAGGUAAAUUGUUGUUAGGAGGGAGAAAAACGCCACAUUUCUUCCUGCUACAUAAGCUUUGCUCUGUCACGGAGUCUCAGACUGAAUUUACUUUGGACAGAAUAUGUCACUGUUGUAACAGAGCUGGAUGUGUCUCAGACCAAGAAAAUGUGUGCUUAACCUGUAUUUUCCUGCUGUGAAAUGUCUUAAACCUAAUGAACCCACUGAAUGUAAUAAUAAAUAUAUUCUGAAAAGCCAUGUCUAAAAAUUCUUUAUGGUAACAAGACUCUUGACCUCCUGGCCAUCCAUCCAUUCAUCUUCUUACACUGUUGGGAGCAGCAGCUGAAGCUCCCAGACCUCCUUUCUCUAGCUAGUUUGAGGUCCAACAGGUCCUGGUUCUACCUCAGUUUCUCCUUUUGUGUGACAUGUCUGAAACAUCAUCCCUGAAUCCACCUCAAACCAGCUUUUGGAGAAAUGAUGCUGCCUGAUGUGGUUGAACAAAGCAUGUGAGUCUUGUGUAAUAACUAAAGCUACAGCAGCUGUCCGAUAAGGACCUCUGGGCCUUCAGAGAUGCUGUAAUGAAGCACAUUUUAUAAAUAUUCUGUUAUUUUAAAAAUUUACAUGAGAUGUUUGUGGUGGAAUAAAGAUGUUUGUGGUGGAAUAAAGAUGGCAGUUCCGUUUCUAUCCGUGUCUAGGGAGCCCUCAAUCUUCCCUCUCCACCGCUGUGAUACAUUACAGCCACAUGGUGGCGCUAAGACACAGAAAUAGUUCAGUAUCCACCUUCUUUUAAAAGGAGAAGUAGGUAAAGCUAAGAGUUCAAACCAGUUUCCCCCGGUACCGUUUCACCGGUGCACAUGUUGGGAAGUGCUGGGUGCAGAACUCUCUCUCUCCAAGUCUAACAGGUCAGCCAUGAUGCCCAAGCUCCAGGCCUUUGAGUUCUGGAGGAAGACUCUGAAUGAGGCACGUUAUGUGGUGGCCCCCAUGGUGGACCAGAGUGAGCUUGCCUGGCGCCUGCUGAGCCGGAGACAUGGAGCUCAGCUCUGCUACACCCCCAUGCUGCACGCUCAAGUGUUUGUUCGCGAUGCCAACUACAGGAGAGAGAACCUGUACAGUGAAGUGUGUGAGGAGGACAGACCUCUCAUUGCACAGUUUUGCGCCAAUGAUCCGGAGGUGUUCCUCCAGGCGGCGCUCCUGGCUCAGGACUACUGUGAUGCCAUUGACCUCAACCUGGGCUGUCCUCAGAUGAUCGCUAAGAGAGGACACUACGGUGUUUUCCUACAGGAUGAGUGGGAGUUGUUAGAGAAGAUCGUCAGCUUAGCUCAUCAGAAGCUCUCUGUGCCAAUCACGUGUAAGAUCCGUGUCUUCGAGGAGAUUGAGAAGACCGUUGGCUACGCCCAAAUGCUGGAGAAAGCUGGAUGUCAGUUGCUGACCGUGCACGGCAGAACCAAGGAUCAGAAAGGUGCCAUGACGGGCAUCGCCAGCUGGGAGCACAUCAAAGCUGUCCGGAAGGCAGUAAAUAUUCCAGUGUUUGCAAAUGGAAACAUCCACCAUCUGAGUGAUGUGGAACGCUGCAUUCAGGAGACGGGAGUGCAGGGUGUUAUGAGUGCAGAAGGGAACCUCCAUAAUCCAGCACUGUUUGAGGGCCGCAGCCCCCCCGUGUGGGAAAUGGCUGAGGAAUACUUGGAGGUGGUGAAACAGUACCCUCCCUGCUCGCUUUCUUAUGUACGAGCCCACCUCUUCAAGCUCUGGCACCACACGCUGCAGAUUCACCAGGACCUGAGGGAGGAGCUGGCUAAGGUGAAGACCCUCCAGGCUUUAGCUGAUGUCAGCAAACAGCUCGAGCUGCGCUGCCAGGAGGAGAUGGCUAACAGGAAGGAUGUGGAGGACAAAGAGGGCAACCUUCCUCUCCCUCACUGGAUCUGCCAACCAUACAUCAGACCAGCGCCAAAGCAGCUGACCACCAAUGGCAGCGCUCAGGGGUCAGAGCUGAGGAAGAUGGUAUGUCAAAAGAGGUCACUGGAGGACUUGGAUGGAGCAGAUGAGGUCCUUUCUAAAAACAAACAGAAAAAAAAAUCCCGAAACCCCCACAAGAACUUCUGUACUCAGCAAAAACCCAAAUACCUGAAAUGCGAACAGUGUGGCAACCCAAAGGGGAAUAAGUGUGUCUUCAACCUGUGUCGAGGCUGCUGUAAGAAGAAGGCUUUUAAAGAAGUAGCAGACUGUCCAAGUCACGGCCUACGGUUCAAGACCAAGGCAGAGAAGAGGAAAGCUGAGGAAGACGAGCAGAAAGAUGUGAAGAGGAGUGAAGGCUCGGUGAUGGAGAGAAUCAGGGAAAGUCCUCUGCCUCCAGAGACGAGCACAGAGCUGCAGGAGCAGUCUGCAGCUCCGCUGCUAUGAGGAGGAUGGUCUACCGAAGCAUCGGAGACCCUUCUAGUGACCGACCGCACAGGACACCACUAAUGGAGUCAGCUUUAUUUAUUUGGCUGCUAGGAAACCGUUUGUGUGUGUGUAAGUGUGUGGGUGGGUGUAAGUGUGUGUGUGUUUGGGUGUGUGUAAGUGUGCAGGUGUGUGUGUAUGUGUGUGGGUGGGUGUGUGUGUGCGUGCGUGGGUGUGUGUGUGUGUGUGUGUGUGUGUGUGUGUGUGUGUGUGUGUGUGUGUGUGUCGUGACUAGACACCUGAGAAGUUUAUUUAGAAUGUUUUAUUUCCUUUUGCCUUGUUGGGUGAUUAGUUGUGAUUUAUUUCUGUAUCCAUGUGCCUUUGGAUUCUGCUCCUACAGCCUGUGCAGGCAUUAAUCUGAGCACAGGAAGGGUCAAAGGUCAGAACAGCAGAUUUACUCUCUGUAACAUUUUUAUUUGAUCUAAAGCAUGGCUGGAGUGGGACUGGUUUGUACGUCUUGGUUCUCUCUUGGUUUUAGGUCUCAGGGAGAUUGAUGCAGCAAAUUUAUUUUGGUGCUAUCAGAGCGGUCUUCACUGCUUCUGUGUGUGUGUGUGUGUGUGUGUGUGUGUGUGUGUGUGUGUGUGUGUGUGUGUGUGUGUGUGUGUGUGUGUUUUUUCAGUGACUUAAGUCAAUAAAAACAAAUGUUGACAUCUUA